UUUUUUCGUUCAGUGAGAAAAGAAAGCGCAACCGAGACAAGAGCGGUGUUCGCGGCCACCCUGGUGUUCUUUUUUUUUUUAAACCCGCGGUAAAGAAACAGGCCCUCUGGACGCGUGAUCAUAUACUUGUUGUGUUUAGGCGGCCGGGAUGAAACAGAAAUCUUCUUCUCCAAGGAUCCACCUCUCCUCGGAUGGCAGCAAGUUCGUCGAAUUCGGCAUCGUCCGACAGGGCCGAUGUGGUGGGCCCGAGGUUCACUUGCGGUGCCGCAUCACGGCCACGUCAAGGCUAUCGCCGCACGACUGCAAGGCCGUGUCCAAGGUCUCUAGCAAGGUCGACGGCGAGCUCUGCUGCCACGACGUCGCGUUCGAGGAGCCGGCGCUCGUGACCGGACCCGUGGCCGGACCCGUGUCGCGACUGUUCGGGCUCGUCAAGAGCGUCGUGCACCGCGUCAGGUGCCUCAACCGACCGCAGGUGCAGCAGCCGCUAGAUCACUCGAAAGUUGAAGACCAGCUUCCUGAGGAGGAUGAAGGCGUGCUGUCUGACCUCCCUGAACAGGUUCCGGUGGAAGAGAAAGUGCUCGAGUGGGCGGAAGGCGUGCUUCGAAGCGGCCUUCCGGACAUCCAGGUGUCCCCUCCGGACAGCGACGGAGGCUCCGACGCGGACGACGAAUGUGACGAGGACGAGGAAGAGGAUGGCAGUUCCGGUUUCUUCAGCGACGAGCUGAGCGAGACGGAUGUCGAUUCGAUCCUUUCUACCAGCGAUAAGCAGAUUCAGUGCAGCUUGGGCCGCUACACGUUGAGUCAAGCACAGCGCCGGGAACGAACCAGGCUGAGGCUGGUUUCGCACUCGGAACUGCCGGAGUGGCUGCAGAACAACGAGUACCUCGUGAAGUACCACAGGCCUCCCCUGUACUGCUGGCGCGCGUGCGCGCGCUCCAUCUUCAGCCUGCACACAGAAAGCGGAAACAUCUGGACGCAUCUUCUCGGUGCUCUAGGUUUCUUGGCGCUUGGAGUUCACUUCUUCCGUUCCGAGGCUCUCAUCCUGGACUGGGCCGGUUGUCUGGCCUUCGGCAUCUACUUCGCCGGGGCGGCCUUGUGCCUUACGCUUUCGACGACGUACCACACGUUUAACUGCCACUCCGAGAGCGUGGGGAAGUUCUUCUGCAAGAUGGACUAUUUCGGAAUCACGGUGCUCAUUCUGGGCUCCUUCUAUCCGUGGCUCUACUUCCAGUUCCUCUGCGAGCCCCGCAAGCGGCUAGUCUAUGGUCUUCUGGUGACCGCUUCCGGUCUGCUGACCAUGCGCGUCUCCCUGUCGCACAAGUUCGGAGAGGCACGCUAUCGCGCCCUUCGCGCCGGAAUCUUCUUCAGCUUCGCCCUGGUGUGCGGCGUCCUCCCAUCGGCGCACUACGGCAUCCAGCACGGCUGGAACGACCUCAUGUACAGGAGUUCCUUCGUGUACAUUCUUCUCAUGGUGGCCAUAUACGUGACCGGCUGUUGCGUCUAUGCGAGCCGCGUUCCUGAGCGCUUCUUUCCUGGACGCUGCGACCUGGCCUUCCAGAGCCACCAGAUCUUCCACGUGCUUGUUCUCAUGGGUGCCCUGGCGCACUACUAUGGACUGUCCAGGCUGGCCACUCUCAGAAUGUCCCAGGGUUCGUGCCCGCUGGGACAGACCGACUCCCUGCUGCAGAGCUUGGCGCUUGUAUGAAGCAAGGCCAAGACAACUGAAGAUGAAACAAGAGUGACCAAGAUUUUUUAGACUUGGACCUCCUGGGCUUCCCGUCCCGACUGGCUAACGAGGCGAGGUCGCCUCCGAUGUAGCGUCGCAGAUCGCACGUCUCCUAACACCACAGCGGCGUGCGCGGCAUCGAAAAGCGAGAGGUUUUUCGCAACCAACUGUCCGAAACUGCGGUGGCUUGUGUCGAAAGUGCAGCGCUUCAUCGCCACCCCCCCACCUGUCAGUCACGGGUCACAGCGACUGCAAGAACCAAGGAGGCGACCGAGAAAUUCGACGGCACACCGAGGCGUUCCUCACGUUCGACCACGAAAUCUCACAAGUCUGAGAAGAAGGAGAACGUCCCGUAUAUGCAGCUAUAUGCAAGAGUGUAACGCAUGGGUGUAAAGCAAGUCCGGCCGGGCAAUGCAAUAUCACGUGAUAGCGUUGAAAGAAGGCGUGUAGAGCAGCGUUCCUAUUACACCCUUCGCUGUCGCAACCGUCGGGCCACGAGUGGUAUUCAAGCUUGUAGCUGUGACAUCGCCCUUGACGACAUCGUGAGCUGCGACGUGUGCAAACGUAAUAUAUACACGCAUGGGCCAAAAAAAGAA